UCGCUUUUCGUUGCCACGUCACCGCGCAACCCAAUUCCCUUGAUACAAUAUUUGGUUAAAUGAGACUCAACCGCUUCCCAUUGCUUUUAUAACAAGAGCCAUCUCUCUCUUAUUCCCUUAUCUUCUCUUCUCCUUCGCAACUCCUUACAGGCCAGCUUCUUAGACCGCCCUUAGAAUUCUCGGCAGCAAUUUAUUUCUCUUCGAAAUCUCGUUUAAUUGAUCCUUAAGCCACACAAUCAUGAAUAACGAAUAUGACUAUCUGUUCAAGCUUUUGCUCAUUGGAGAUUCUGGUGUUGGGAAAUCGUGUCUGCUUUUAAGGUUUGCUGAUGAUUCAUAUCUCGAGAGCUACAUUAGCACCAUUGGAGUUGACUUUAAAAUCCGCACAGUGGAACAGGAUGGAAAAACCAUUAAGCUCCAAAUUUGGGACACUGCUGGCCAAGAGCGUUUUAGGACAAUCACUAGUAGCUACUAUCGUGGGGCUCAUGGCAUCAUUGUAGUUUAUGAUGUCACAGACCAAGAUAGCUUCAACAAUAUUAAGCAGUGGUUGAAUGAAAUUGAUCGCUAUGCAAGUGAAAACGUCAACAAGCUUUUAGUUGGUAACAAGUGCGAUCUCACAGCAAACAAAGUUGUUUCCUAUGAGACAGCCAAGGCAUUUGCUGAUGAAAUUGGAAUCCCGUUCAUGGAAACAAGUGCAAAAAAUGCCACCAAUGUUGAGCAGGCUUUCAUGGCCAUGGCUGCAGCAAUCAAGAAUAGGAUGGCAAGUCAACCUGCCACGAACAAUGCGAGACCACCAACUGUGCAGUUUCAAGGACAGCCUGUCAACCAGAAAUCCGGUUGCUGCUCAACUUAAACCUAUGAUCAGUAUUUAUCUGUGGAAUGUAAGACUAGUUCUAUCUUCUUAAUAUACAUUUAUAUCAAGAUUAUUUGCUUUUCUUGUUGACUCAACAAUCUUCUAAUGUUUCCAUUCUUUUCAUUGUAUUUGAUUUUUAAAAUAAUAUUUGUACAAAUUAGGAAUGUUGGGAAUAGCAGUAUUUGACCUGCCCUCCCCAUUUCAUUUUUAUUCUUCA